UUUGACAUAUUGGCAUAUGUCAUUUAUCAUUUAUCAAGUAAUUUUGCGCCUGUUUUCUAAUCGUUUUUUCUCGAAUAUAUCAAUUAACUUUUGAGUAAAACAAACAUUUCCAUCAUGAGUAUGUCGUUGUUCGGCUCAUUAAUGGGCAACAUGGACGAAGACCCCUUCUUUGGGUCUGCAAUGAGGCAAAUGCGUUCGAUGGACCACAUGAUGAGCUCGAUGGGUAUGUUUCAAGACGGUUUCGGAAUGGGAGGAAUGUUCCGCGAUUUCGGUAAUACCAGAGCUGUUGGAAUGCACCAUUCCCUUAUGUCCCCAUUUGGAAUGUUAUCAAACUUUAACCGUUUGAUGGGUAGUCCUAUGGACCCCAUGGCAGGUCCCGUCAGCAAUUGUAAUUAUAGUAGCUCCAGUACAGUUAUCAGUAUGACUUCUGGUCCUGACGGACAACCACAAGUAUACAAAGCAACGUCUAGUACAAAAGUAGGUCCGGGAGGUGUAAAGGAAACUCAAAGAACAGUAACCGACACGGUAUCGGGUACUAAAAAAAUGGCUAUCGGUCACCAUAUUGGAGAAAGGGCUCAUAUUAUCGAAAAGGAACAAAAUAUGCACACUGGUGAUAGAGAGGAACGUCAAGAUUUCAUAAAUCUGGAUGAAGAUGAUGCAGAUGAAUUCAAUAGAGAAUGGGAAACUAAAACAAGAUGUGUCUCGGAAAUCCCUAGAAUUACAUCAGGCUCCGCUAGAAAUCGCCAUGCGUAUGGCGGAUAUCCUGCGAUUCCGGCCAUUACAGCAGGUUCUAGCCGGCUACAAAGAGAACGGUCUUCCACGCCACUGGUUUCCGCUAGAAGAAGUAUACGUCCGUCAAAAUUGCCACAACCAAGUGCCAGUUCAACUAGUUCCCAGAGGACCCCGUAUAGCGCUCCCGGCCAAGAAAAACCGAGAAAGUCCAAAAACGUCAAAAUAGUAUCAGGGUCUCCCCAGGAUAAGUAAUUUUCUCUUUGGAAUGUUGCUAAAUAUGUUUUUUUACAUUUUUUCGAAAAUCGGGGAAAAUUUUUUCUCAUAUUAUGAUGUACUUUCAAUUAGCAGUGUACUUUUUCAAUACAUUUUUGUCCUGAUCCAAUUUUUAAAUUCGCUAUUCUCAAAAUAUUUUCAAGAAAAAAAAGGUGUCAUGGUGUCCUUCGAAAUGACGAUCUCUUAUUAUUCGACGAUAUUGAUAUCAACGUAAUGUUUUAUAUUGGAUUAGGACAAAAUUGUGACAAUAAAUACUCAUUUUCUUUUUAAAAUCAUAGGGAAUAGUAGAAAAUAACGUUUUUUUUUGUCUGUUUUUUUGUAUCCCGCUCUGUAAGUGAAACUCUGUAAACGAAAAAAUUCCCGCUA